UGCAGCAGCGUCAAGCGGCCCCGCCCCCACCGGCGCCAGCUGCCUACGCAGCACCGCCACCUGCGGCCGCCCCGGCAAGCGGCGGCAUGAUGUCCGGAUUGGCGGGAAGCAUGGCAAGUGGAAUGGCCGCGGGCGUCGGUAAAUACGAUUAUAAGGUUUUGGUUUUUCGUGCAUUGGUCGUUCUUGCAUGAGGAAUCUCGCUACAAAUGUGGAUUAUGCAUGACAGAUUUCGGCCAAAAACGAUAAUGUAUCCUCCAGGUAUGUCCGUUGCGAAUCGUGCGGUGGACGCGAUGAUGGGACCGAGGCAGACCGAAGUGGUGCAUCGGAAUGAGGUACAGGUUCUUUGUCAUGCGAAUCCCACUACAUGGUUGGAAAAUUCGAAUUUGUGAUGCGAAGUCCUGCAUCAAACGAAAAUGUAAAUGUACUUAUGAAAACAGGGCCAGCCCGCUGCUGCCGCCGAGCCGGCGCCGAACGCCGGUGCGAGCGAGCACUAUCAACUGCAAAUCUGUCUGGGUCUGGAAGAAUGCAGGAGUUUGUCAUGCAGAUUUUGCAUGACCUCCCAUGAGGUCUGUGAUGCGUGCCCUAGCUGCACCAGAGAUUCUGCGAGGGCUUUCUGAUGCUCAUACCGCAUGAGAAGUGCCCUGUCCGCGUAGCAAAAAUAGCUCUUCUGUUGCUGUUCAUGCAAUACAGAUUUUAUGCAGAGUCCAAAGGGAGCAUCACAAGUUGCAAUCUUCCGGACCCAGACAUAUUUGCAAUCCAUAAUUGCUUGAAAUGUACCACCGAAAGGGACUGGUUGAAGCAGUGCAUGGGCCAAGGUAUGUAUGACUACUUUUGCGGAAUUUUUGUCAUGCAGAAAUUGCAUCACACAAAUAAUUUCUCAUGCCAGGCCCACGUUGCAAACCAACUUUCAAUUGACAUGCACAGGUGACCCGACCCAAUGCAACUACUACGCGGAUUUGCUGAAGCAGUGUCAGGGUGCGUGAAGACAGUUGUAAGUACUAGAAAAUGAAUGAAUACGAACUGAUCUAUGAUUCUAUCUCCUAUAAGUAGAGCAAGGUGCUGACUUUUAGCAAAAACCAUUUUACUAAUUCAACAAGUACAAUGGCGAUUUUCCGUGUCCUGCCCGCCAGGACCAAAAGCCACAUCCGGGGCGACGCAAAACAUUUAAGAAAGACUUUGAUUUCUUUUCGGCUUCCAACUGCUGUAAACAACUGGGCGAUCAGAGUGUCAUGACACGAC